GUUCUCGACGUUUGGCGGCGCUGGCCCGAAGAAGGGGAAAGGGAAAGUAAGGCGUACAAAUGCCAGGAGAUGUUUAUCAAGCAAGAAAAACACAACAAAUAAAGGGCUCGAUGGUAUCCCUAAUAGAAAGGGAUAUAGUUGAAGAUUAACCUAAAAAAUUGUGACCGCCUGACCCCCAGAUUCGGCAGGCAGGGCGUCUUCGCGUUGGCUUUUGGGAAAUGUAGUUGUAAUGCUACCGACGCCGUGUGUUUGCGACAGAAACUACAACCCCCACAUGCCACCGCAACUCUUGUCGCAGCCGGCGAACCAACGGCUCUGGAGGCCAGGCUUAACUGGGAACGUCCAUCUGAACAUCUACUCAUCCCUUGUCCAUAUGUGGACAAUGAAUCCUGAGUUAUCACAUAAUGUAAUUGGGAGCUAUCUUAACCCUCCAGAAAGGAUGUAUUUUCCAUCAUUCAUCCAGAAUGAAGCAUCUCAGAAUGGCUAUCCUGUGGAUUCAGAAGUCAUCCCUCCUAAAAUGUUUAAUAGCCCAAACAACCAAGCACUUGUUUCAGCAUUAAAAACUCUUCAGGAAAAGAUCCAUCGCCUGGAACUGGAGCGGACUCAGGCUGAAGACAACCUGAACUCUCUGUCCAGAGAGGCGGCACAGUACAAAAAGGCCCUGGAGAGUGAGACAAACGAGCGGGACCUGGCCCACCGGGAGCUGAUUAAGCAGAAAAAAAAUAUAAGCAUCCAGUUAAGCUCAGCCCAGUCCCGUUGUACUCUUCUAGAGAAGCAACUAGAAUAUACAAAGAGAAUGGUUCUCAAUGUGGAACGAGAAAAGGCCAUGAUCCUAGAACAACAGGCCCAGCUUCAAAGGGAAAAAGAACAAGAUCAAAUGAAGCUGCAUGCUAAACUGGAAAAGCUGGAUGUCUUAGAAAAAGAAUGUUUUAGAUUGACAACGACUCAGCAGACUGCUGAGGAUAAGAUAAAAUAUCUGGAGGAAAAACUGAAGGAAGAGGAGCAUCAUCGCAAGCUGUUUCAAGACAAAGCGUGUGAGCUUCAAACUGGACUGGAAAUCAGCAAAAUUUUAAUGUCUACAGUUUCACAUUCAAAGCUCUGUAAAGAAAAGAAGAAACCACUAAAGAAAACUAAGUGUUUAAAGAGAGACCCACCUCAGCAAAUGGACCCCAAGUUUAGAGCACUCUCUUUGCAGGGAGGAAAGUGUCUCUACAAGUCUCUUGGAACAACUUCCCAGGGCAAAGCUGGACCUCCUAACUCGGAAGAGCCCAUUUCCAUUUGUGACAAUUUGUCUGAACUUUUGAUGGCAAUGCAAGAGGAGCUGGACCAAAUGACUGUGGAGCACAAAGAACUACUGAAAGAAAUGAUGCAACCUGGAAGGUACUCUGAUGACAUAGAGCAUGAACUGGAGCAAUUAGCUAAGAAGAUAGAAAGCAAAGGAGACCAGAUUUCCAAACUCAAAAAGCAUCAAGACAGUGUCCGUAAGCUGCAGCAAAAAGUUCAGAACUCAAGGAUAAAUGAAUCUUCAUGUGUCCUUCAGGAACAUGACAACCCUAAAGGACCAAAGAACAUUAAAACUAGCUCCAGGAAGGGUUUGAAUGAAACUAACCCUUUACAGAAAAACAGCAGCUUUCGUCCAGUACAAGUUCACAAUCUGCAGGUGAAAUUGAGGAGAGAUGACAUCAAGUGGGAGCAGUGACAUUAGCAGAACUGUUGCCUUCAGUGAGCCUCACCAGUGAGACCUACAAGUCUGUGUAGAGUGUAUAUUCAAUAUAGCUGGGAAAUUUUCAAUUAUGUUUGGGCUUCUGUGAAAUGUGAAGUUGUGUAUGUUUAGAAUAAUGGCUAAUGACCUACCAAGAAUCCCAGAAUAAUAAAUGGCUGAUUUUUGUUGUUGCUGUUAUCCAAAGGCCCCUGCCCUCAUCAAGUGCUAGAAGCAUUCAUUUUGCAGCUCCCUAAGGUCAAUCUAAGAAGGGGGCUGAAUGGCCACUCAUUAAGAUCUAGUUAAACCUGAACUCCGAGUGCCAUUCCACAGGUUCACUUAGGUAGGCUGCUACCUGCAGAUCACCACGGAGUGAACAGAGUGCUGUGACUUCCCUGAGAUUGCCACUGUACCUCGUUUUAAGUCUCAGCAGUGUUCGUGUUUUGUUUGGAGAGGGAAAAACACAAUCAUUCUGCAUUUUGUUGAAAUGCCUGUGCUGAGCUUUGCUGUGACAGCUGUGAGAAGCAAUGCAUAACUGAUGACAUCUUCAAGACACUGAUUCUCCUCUGCUUUUCCAAGCCUGCUUUCCUUUUAAACACCAGGACCUGGGUUCAUCCUACUCUUCUGUAACUUUUCCUGGUUUCUUGUUUGUGUUAUAUGUCAUUUUCUUUAGUAUAUGACAAUGUACACGACCAAGAAAAAAUGGGAUUUCCUAAGAAGUUAGGCAUUUAAUCAACCUUAUCCACAAGAGAAAAUGAAUUCAGUAAAUGUGCUAUCUUUUUAUACUUCAGAAUCAGUGAUGUCACAAUGGAUUUCUUUGUUGUAUACAUAUUUUAUAAUAAAUUGACACUUUUUGCCUUUCUA